UCACAUAUAUGCAGGCACAAAAAUCCGUUCCAUUUCUUUCUCUCAUAUGCGUCUUAUUAUAUUCAGUAAUGAGGUUGACCGUGUUACCGGAAAUAAAACCAGCGCCUGUGGAAUUCCAGCCAAGUUUCAUGUUUGCAUAGGAGCCACUCCCACUCCGAUUUCAAUGUUUCAAAUCACCUGAUAUUCUACAGUGAAUGUUCCACUUGAUUUGAAAGCAUCAAAAUGGCAGAACUUGUCUCUGACACUCAAAAUCCUUUAAAUUGCCCAAUCUGUCUAAAUCUGCUUAAGAACCCGGUGACUACAACUUGUGGGCACAGUUUCUGCAUGGACUGUAUAAAUGGGUGCUGGGAUCGAGAUGCUUCUUUGAGACAAGCUUACAGCUGCCCUACAUGCAGGGCAACAUUCGACCAAAGACCAGCUCUCAGCAAAAGCACUAUCCUGGCUGAAAUUGUAGAGGGAAUGAAACGGGGAGUUCCAGCUGGGCCUGGAGAUGUGAAGUGUGAUGUUUGUAAAGGAAGAAAACUCAAAGCCAUUAAGUCUUGUCUGUUUUGUAUGGCUUCAUACUGUCAAACUCACAUUCGGCCUCAUUACGAUUCUGAAGCUUUUAAAAAGCACAAGCUGGUAAAUGCUUCCUCAAAUCUACAGCAGCAGAUCUGCCCUCAACAUCAUAAAGCGCUGGAGAUUUACUGCUAUAAUGACCGGAAGUGUGUUUGUGUAGUUUGUAUGGGGGAUCAGCACAGUGGACAUCAAACUGUCUCAGCUGCAGCUGAAAUGGCAAAAAAACAGGAGGAACUAAAUAUAAAAAAGAGAUAUUUCACUCAGAAAAUCACUGACAUAGGCAAGAAGGUCCAGGAAUUUGGGAAGGCUGUGAAUUCUUAUAAGAGCUCUGCACAGGCAGCAGUGCAGCACAGUGACAGGAUCUUCAAUGAGCUCAUCCGCUCUAUUCAGAAAAGACGUGGUGAGGUGAGAGAACUGAUCAGAGCUCAGGAGAAGAAGGAGAUAGGACAGAUCAAUGAACACAUACAGAAACUGGAGCAGGAGAUCAGUAAUAUGAAACACGAGAAUGAUAAACUGGAGCCAAUUUUACAUACAGAGGAUCACAUUCAUUUCUUCCAGAAUUACUCUUCUCAGCCUGGACUGUAUCUGUGCACAACUUCAGCCCGAGAUGUCAAUGACCUCCUGACAUUUAAGAAUGUAGAGGAAUCUGUCUCAGAGCUGAAAAAACAACUGGUCAAACUCUGUGAAGAGCACAUGGGCAAAAUAUCAAAGAAAGUUGCUGAUGUCCAAAUUUUCAAAACUUCCAGGCUCCUAGACAUGGAACCAGCUGUACCAGCUUUAUCUUCAUCUUCAUCUUCAUCAGACAUUAAACGUAAGUAUAAGAUAAAUAUUAAAGGGAUUGUGGACUUAAGGACAGUGUUUUUGUUAUUACUUACUCUCAUGAUGUUCUGUGCAUGAAAGCUAUUUUGAAAAAUGUCUUUGUGGUUUUGUCUAUGUAAUGAAAGUUUAGUUCCCAAGAAUAAAUACAGUUUUGGAAUGAAAAUUAAAUAUUAAAAUAAUUUUCAUUACAGAACCUUUUUUGAUUGAAUCCAACAGUACAGUUAAAUAUUUGACCAGAUUUAAUUUAACAACUGCUGAACAAGGAACUUACAUUAAAUAUCAUUUUAGUAUGUUUGGUGCUUUCUGUACCCUUUGAAUAAUCUAGGUUUCUUUUUUUCUUUCUUUCC